AUCAUUUUGAAACGCAAUCACAUCCAUUUCUGUCGCAGCGAUGUCUUCGCUAAAAUUCUGCAUAACGGAAGUUGCAAACUGUUGGAUAUCAAUUUCAAUGAAGGGCGAAACAACAAAUUACGCCACUAUAAAAUUUACGGAAGCUUCUAUGAUUUGUACACCUUUUUAAAGUAUGUUGUGAGCAAUUAGAAUGACCUUUGCGAGCGACCGAUAGCUCGCGAUCGACG